CAAAGGGAGAAAAACAGCAGGAAGCAGCUCAGAUACUUGAACAACAGAAGGAACCAAAUCAGAGACGCACAAAACAGAGAGAAUCAGGCUCAGAGCAAGGGGAAGUGGGCAGAUAUUCCACAAGGACUGGUGUCGGGCAUUGAGCCAGCCAGAUUUGAGAAGCAGGCAACGAGAUGCUGGGGAGCAGAGCUGUGACGCUGCUGUUGCUGCUGCCUUGGAUUGCCCAGGGCCGGUCUGUGCCUGGGGGCAGCAGCCCUGCCUGGGCUCGGUGCCAGCAGCUCUCUCAGAAGCUCUGCACCCUAGCCUGGAGUGCACAUUCACCAAUGGGACCUAUGGUGGAUCUACCAAGAGAAGAGGGAGAUGACAAGAUUACAAAUGAUGUCCCUCACAUCCAGUGCGGGGAUGCCUGUGAUCCCCAAGGACUCAGGCAGAACAGUCAGUUCUGCUUGCAAAGGAUCCACCAGGGCCUGAUUUUUUAUGAGAAGCUGCUGGGCUCAGAUGUUUUCACAGGGGAGCCUUUACUUCCUGAAGGUCCUGUGGGCCAGCUUCAUGCCUCCCUCCUGGGCCUCAGCCAGCUCCUACAGCCCGAGGGUCACCAUUGGGAGGCUCAGCAGACUGCAAGCCUGAGCCCCAGCCAACCGUGGCAGCGCCUCCUUCUCCGCCUCAAGAUCCUUCGCAGUCUUCAGGCCUUUGUGGCUGUCGUUGCCCGGGUCUUUGCCCAUGGAGCAGCAACUCUGAGCCCCUGAAGCCAACAGAUUAAGGAUGCCAUCCAGAUCUCCAUGGCUUAGCGAUGUCAAGAUGAAUCUCUCACUUCAUGCAGCCGUGAGCCAACAGGUUAAUUAGCCCAUUCUUUGGAAUGGGACUUGCAUAUAUUGAAAAAUUACCAGUACUGACUUACUUGUGAUACUGACCUAUGAUGAGGUUGGGUAUUUAUUAAAUGGGAAAGGAAUAUUUGGGAUUAUUUAUGCUCAUGGGAAGAGUUUCUAGAGGAGGAUUAUUUAUUAUAUUUAUACUAAAUUAUGUGCUUUCUCUCAAUAAAGUUAUUUAU